AUGUCUGGGCGCGGGAAGCAGGGGGGAAAGGCACGUGCGAAAGCCAAGUCUCGGUCAUCUAGAGCAGGCCUACAAUUUCCUGUAGGUCGGAUCCACCGUUUACUUCGGAAAGGCAAUUAUGCUGAACGGAUCGGGGCUGGCGCACCCGUGUACUUAGCAGCGGUGCUGGAGUACCUGACCGCUGAGAUUUUGGAGCUAGCGGGUAAUGCAUCACGUGACAACAAGAAAACCCGCAUUAUCCCACGACAUUUGCAGUUAGCUAUCCGCAACGAUGAGGAACUCAACAAGUUGCUGGGUGGUGUGACCAUUGCACAGGGUGGCGUCCUGCCCAACAUCCAGGCGGUGUUGUUGCCCAAGAAGACUGAGAGUCAUCACCACAAAGUCCAGGCUAAGUAA